AUGGACGCUCUGGUUCUUAUGGAGUUGGCUGCAAUAGAGGCCGAAGAUGCUGAGGACAUGGAGAAGGAACCACCCCGUGCACCUUUGAGGGUUUUCAAGGACCGGAGCAACCCGCUGGAGGAAUACACGGAUCGGGCCUUCAUUAGGCGGUACAGGAUUUCGAAGGACUUGUUCCGAUAUGUCCUUGAGCUGAUUCGACCCCAGAUAGAGCAUCCGACGAAUAGAAGUCGAGCCCUACUUCCUUUAGAGCAACUCGCUGUGGCUCUUCGGUUUUAUGCAUUUGGUUCGUUUCAAAUAGAGUUCGGGGAUUCGAGUGGUGUUUCCCAGGCUACGUGUUGUCGUGUUGUGCGUCGGGUUUCGGAGGCAAUCUGUGCAAGGAAGGAUCAUUUCAUCCGGUUUCCGACCCAAGUGGAGGACAGACGCGUGGUGAUGCAAGGAUUCCACGAAAUUGCCGAAUUCCCUGGGGUGAUCGGUGCCAUCAACGGGACCCACGUUGCAAUCGUUGGCCCAGGAGGUGAGGACGCCAUACGUUACGUAAACAGGAAACGUUAUUACAGCCUCAACUGCCAGUUUACGUGUAACCACAAGAUGAUGUUCACAUCUGUGGUUACACGAUGGCUAAACAGAUACUUCUGUACCAUUGAGAUACAUAAACAACUCAAGAAUCUCUUGUUAACAAGAAAAGGGUCGAUCUCAACGCUCCAGCAAAGUCAGUAA